AGCAUCCAACACCACCGACCAAACUGCGGAAAGCCGGCAGCGAGUCUACACAUCCAGCAGGCAGCGACGACUUUUCGUCGCUCGUCGUACGAUUCUAGCGGUGGUGGGGAGGGUUUCGGCCGCCCCACGGUUAGUAGUGCACGUCACCGGUUCGUGGCGCGAAGUUUGAAUUUCGCGAGCGAACGGACUAGGAGUUUGUUGAGUUUCUCGCAGUGUUUUUUGGGAUGUUUGUUGAAUCACUGUAAAGUUGGUUAGUGAAAAAAACUGUUGAGGUUGACUUCUGAGGUUCUAGAUAUUUUUUUUCGUUAAAGCUCUCCGGAUCUCGGCAAAGUGUCCUGGAAGAUUUACCGACAUGCUUUCCACGUCGGAUAUCAGAUUUGCUCUGCUCUUCAUCCAGUUGUUUUCCUUAUAUAGAGAGACCUCGUCGCUGAAAUCAAUGGUAAUAAAAGUCCCGGAGGCAGUAAAAUCCGGGGACACAGUCACUCUCAAGUGCGAAUACGACUUGGAAAAUGUCGCAUUGUAUUCCAUAAAGUGGUAUUGGAAUGAUGAAGAGUUCUACAGAUAUAUCCCGAAGGAAUCUCCCCCAUUCAAGGCUUUUCCCGUCAAGCUGGUCAACGUGGACCUCUCUAAGUCUGGUGCGAAUGCUGUCACUCUUAGAGGCGUCCACAGACAGCUGACAGGAGAUUACAAGUGCGAGGUGUCUGCGGAUGGACCCUUAUUCCACACUGACAUUCUGGUGGCCAGGAUGAUCGUGGCAGAAUUGCCGCAUGAUGAUCCUAUAAUGAGUCUACGGGAUACGAAAGUAGAGAUUGGAAAGAAAAUUCAAGUGGAAUGUUUCUCAGCAAGCUCAGACCCGGAAGCUAACUUGACGUGGUUUAUCAAUAACAAAGAGGCCAAAGAUAACAACGAUUUCAUCACGAUCCACCCGACCAAAGUGGAGAAAGAUGCGAUGCUGGAACUGAAAUCGGCAAGGUCCAAGAUCGAAAUCCUGACGAACAAGUCGCACUUUAUACAAGGCGUGAUGACAGUCCGGUGCGUUGGGUCCGUCUAUAAUCUGUGGCACGGAAGCGUGGAGAACUACAUUAGGGACGACUCGCCCAAGUUAGCUCAAGUUCUCGGCUCCACGCUAUCACAAAGUCAAUUAGACCCGAUAUUUGAGCAUCAUGGAAACAAUGCCACAUGGAUGAAGAGAGUCUCCAACUUGAAUCUCUUCCUCUGUCUGAUGUUCUCCAUUUCGAGGAUUGUGUUACGAUGACUCUGGUGUGAUUUAUGUAAGUGAGUCUUGCGGAUUUCGGACGAUUUGGACUUGAAGAGACUUUGUUAAAUGUGUCUAUUGUAUACUUAUCCUCGUGAAUUUCCAGCGCAUAUUUCUUAAGCCAUAAUCGUAGAUAUUGUUGUAGUAUUAAUAGAGAAUCAAAAUAAUAAAUGAAAAAUUGCUCAAACAAUAACGAAAAAGCUCACGUUUAUUUUUAAUUGUUUAACUCAAUCGUUAGUUUGAAUGUGGUGGACAAUUAUUCAGUAUUCAAACCAAACAAAUUUUGGACUUGAAUGGUUUUUAUUUAGUUGAAUUACACAACGUUUCGGUUAAAACUGUUAUCGAGUGUGAACUAAUCUAAAU